UUGUGAAUGCUCAAUUUUUAAGAAGCAGGUAGUAAAUAAAAGUUGUAAAUUACGCUGGCAAAAAUAAGACAAAGAAUUAGUCGAAAGAAGUAUUAUUAAGUUAUUGAUUACUCCUUUUUCCCAAACGUAAAUAAGAUGGGAGCGGAUAAGGUAACUGAGAAAACCGCGGCCGAGAAGUUAGCCGAGCGUAAAGAACGUUUGCGUGAACUACACAAACAACGACAGGAGGCGCGUACACAGAACCACCAUGAAGUGAUAGCAGAGGAUGCUCGCAAGAAGUUGCCAAACAACUGGGAAGCACGUAAACGACAAGCAGAGUGGCUGCUGGCAGAUGAGAAAGCACGAGAGGAAGCCAAACAAGAAGGCAAAGAUUAUGACCGCUUAAAAUUACUGUCGGUGUCGGCAAUUGAUGCUGAACGCAUAGAGAAAAAAAAGCGUAAAAAGAAUCCGGAUUUGGGAUUUUCCACAUUCGAAGCACAAACAGCACGGCAAUACAACCGUUUGGUGAAAAAUUUGCCGCCACGUGACAUGGCCAAAUAUGAACAACAGAAAAAGGAAUUAGGUGAAGCAUUUUACGGAGGUCCCAACACAAUAUUACAGGGCUUAGUUAAAGAUAAGAAAUCAUCUAUUGAUAAUAUGGCUAAGGAUUUGGAGCAACAAAUAGAACGCAGAAAGAAAUAUUCGAGACGACGUACCUACAACGAUGAUGCCGAUGUUGAUUUCAUCAACGAACGCAACUCUAAAUUUAACAAGAAACUGCAUCGUUUCUACGGCGAGCAUACAGCGGAGAUCAAACAGAACUUGGAACGUGGUACUGCCAUUUAAGCGAGUGCUGUCAAUUUUGCAAAAUCAAUAUUCUCUGUCUACUAAGUUAAGUUGUAACCGAAAUAGUUGUAGAUAUAAUAAUAAAAUUAACAAUUUGUUGUACAUAA